GGCCAUCACCACCUCGCCCGCAUCAGCAACAACCCACCCGCGCCUCUCACCACCCGUUCUCUCCUUACAAGCCACGUCUAUCCUUGGCAGUAGCAUCCCCAUCAGCACCACCGAUAUUACGCCCUCGUCCUAACCGCAAACAUGCCCAGCGCCACGGGCUCCAGCUGGGAGAAGUACCAGAAGAACUUCGCCGACGACGAGGUUGAGGAAAAGAAGAUCACACCCCUCACCGAUGAAGACAUUCAGGUGCUGAAGACGUACGGCGCGGCACCCUACGGCGCGGAGCUCAGGAAGCUCGAGAAGGAGAUCAAGGACAAGCAGCAGACAAUAAACGAGAAGAUUGGUGUCAAGGAAUCAGACACCGGGCUCGCUCCGCCGCACCUCUGGGAUAUCGCCGCCGACCGCCAACGAAUGCAAGAAGAGCAGCCCCUGCAGGUCGCCCGCUGCACCAAGAUAAUACAAGACGAGAAGGACUCGGAGAAGAGCAAAUAUGUCAUCAACGUCAAGCAGAUCGCCAAAUUCGUCGUCAACCUCGGAGAGCGCGUCUCGCCCACAGAUAUCGAGGAGGGCAUGCGGGUGGGUGUCGACCGCAACAAGUACCAGAUCCUGCUGCCUCUGCCGCCCAAGAUCGAUCCCUCGGUCACCAUGAUGACGGUCGAGGACAAGCCGGACGUCACAUACGGAGAUGUAGGAGGCUGCAAGGAGCAGAUCGAGAAGCUGCGAGAGGUCGUCGAGAUGCCCCUACUGUCGCCAGAACGCUUCGUCAACCUCGGUAUCGACCCCCCGAAGGGCGCUCUUCUCUAUGGCCCCCCCGGAACCGGAAAGACACUAUGCGCGCGAGCCGUCGCCAACCGCACAGAUGCCACCUUCAUUCGAGUCAUCGGUUCCGAGCUAGUCCAGAAGUACGUCGGCGAGGGAGCGCGUAUGGUUAGGGAGCUAUUUGAGAUGGCGCGGACAAAGAAGGCGUGCAUCAUCUUCUUCGACGAAAUCGAUGCCGUGGGUGGCGCGCGUUUCGACGACGGCGCAGGCGGCGACAACGAAGUGCAGCGUACCAUGUUGGAGCUCAUUACACAACUCGACGGCUUCGACGCCCGAGGAAACAUCAAGGUCAUGUUCGCCACAAACAGACCCUCCACCCUCGAUCCCGCGCUCAUGCGUCCCGGCCGUAUCGACCGCAAGAUCGAGUUCUCGCUCCCCGACAUGGAGGGCCGCGCAAACAUCCUGCGCAUCCACGCGAAGAGCAUGAGCGUCGAGCGCGACAUCCGCUGGGAGCUCAUCUCGCGUCUGUGCCCGAACAGCACCGGCGCGGAGCUGAGGAGUGUGGCGACAGAGGCCGGCAUGUUUGCCAUCCGCGCGAGGAGGAAGGUCGCGACCGAGAAGGACUUCCUGGCUGCCGUCGACAAGGUUAUCAAGGGCAACCUCAAGUUCAACUCUACCGCGACGUACAUGCAGUACAACUAGACGCAGUUCCGUGGGGGAAGGAUGGCUGCAACGCUGCAGCGGAUCGAGAGCUCGGCUCUUGUAUGACUAGAUAUCACGAGAGCUAUCAAUGUAGCCAUAAUGCAUGCUUGAACAAUGAGUAAAUGAAUGCAUCCGGAGCCGUGAACUCAGAUCGUGGAUUGAUGACGGCCCGCAUGCUCGCUUGAAGUUGGAGAGAGAACGUCAUUUUGAGGUCGUACUGCAGGAGUCCCGUUCGU